GGAAAAUGGAACAUGAACUUGGAAAUGGACACCACAUUGCAUAGGGGUGUUUGGAGAGUGGAUGAGAAGAAUGAUAUCAUUGAAGAAGAAGAAGAAGAACAAGAAGAAGAAGAAGAAAUCACUAAAGAAAGUAAAAUGGUAUUAUCCACCACCACCACCCAAUCAAGUGAAUCCUCCACUGAUCAAUCGGAUGGAAGCUCUAGUUCGUUUGCCUUCCCUAUAUUGUGCAGUGAAGGGAUGGGAAGCCCUGUCCGAAUGCCAAAACCAAACUCACUCCACUUUAGGAAGCGCCACAAGGCCCUGGCUACUCGUCUUCAUUGUUGUCAUUUUUGAAACUUCGCUUUUCUUUCUUUCUUUUUUUUUGUCCCCCCCCUCUCUCUCUCUCU